CCCAAUUGAUGCGCGUAGGCGCUGGAUUGUGGAGUUUCCCUCUCUUUGUUUCCCUUCACACCCGCAGGUUGUCUAUCCAAACACCACAAAAUCGAAGCACAAAAGCUGUGAACCGACAUAGCUCUGUUUGAAAUCUCGAUUCCUGAGGCAACAGACCCUGCUCGAGUUCUGUCGAAGAUAGAUUGACUGUUAGCCUAAUUCCUCUUUCUCUCAUCCAAGCUCCGUUCUCCAGAGGUAGAACAAUGCCAAAGGUGAAGACAAACCGUGUAAAAUACCCGGAAGGAUGGGAAUUGAUUGAGCCUACACUUCGUGAACUACAGGCAAAGAUGAGAGAAGCUGAGAAUGAUCCUCACGAUGGUAAGAGAAAAUGUGAGACAUUGUGGCCUAUUUUCAAAAUUGCGCAUCAGAAGAGCCGCUAUAUUUUUGACCUUUACCACCGGAGGAAGGAAAUAUCCAAGGAAUUGUAUGAGUUUUGCUUGGACCAAGGCUAUGCUGAUCGCAAUCUUAUUGCGAAGUGGAAGAAGCCGGGUUAUGAACGUUUGUGUUGCUUGAGAUGCAUGCAACCACGGGAUCACAACUUCGCUACAACUUGUGUCUGCCGUGUGCCAAAACACUUAAGGGAAGAAAAGGUUAUUGAAUGUGUCCAUUGUGGAUGUGGAGGCUGUGCAAGCGGAGAUUAGAUUUAUCUUGUUCUUUUGGCCUCUUCCAAGUCUGUAAGGGGAGCUUAGACUGUAGUUGCUGCCUCACCGCUCAUCAAUUUAAGUAAAUUUUCUUUGUGCUACUGUAGUUCUGAACCUGAAUCUUUGCUAUGAAUGCUUUAUCUUGGAUUUAGAUUAUUUGCUGUGGCAAUUAACCGUAGAUAAGACAUGAACUUUGUUGAGGCAAAUUAGUGUGCUUUGCAACUUUGCUGAAAGAGCAAUCUGAAUUGAUUGAGACUUUUUGUAGCA